AUGGCGCGCACCAAGCAGACGGCGCGCAAGUCGACGGGCGGCAAGGCGCCGCGCAAGCAGCUGGCCACCAAGGCUGCCCGGAAGAGCGCGCCGGCCACGGGGGGCGUGAAGAAGCCGCACCGCUACCGGCCGGGCACGGUGGCGCUGCGCGAGAUCCGGCGCUACCAGAAGUCGACGGAGCUGCUGAUCCGCAAGCUGCCCUUCCAGCGCCUGGUGCGCGAGAUCGCGCAGGACUUCAAGACCGACCUGCGCUUCCAGAGCUCGGCCGUCAUGGCGCUGCAGGAGGCCAGCGAGGCCUACCUGGUGGGGCUCUUCGAGGACACCAACCUGUGCGCCAUCCACGCCAAGCGCGUCACCAUCAUGCCCAAGGACAUCCAGCUGGCCCGACGCAUCCGCGGGGAGAGGCUCGCCCGGCAGCAGGAGGCGCACGGCGGUCUGGAUCUCGCGGGAGGUGAUGGUGGAGCGCUUGUUGUAGUGGGCCAGGCGGGAGGCCUCGCCGGCGAUGCGCUCGAAGAUGUCGUUGACGAAGGAGUUCAUGAUGCUCAUGGCCUUGGAGGAGAUGCCGGUGUCCGGGUGCACCUGCUUCAGCACCUUGUACACAGGAUGUCGGGACGCGGCAAGCAGGGCGGCAAGGCGCGGGCCAAGGCGAAGACGCGCUCGUCGCGGGCCGGGCUGCAGUUCCCGGUGGGCCGCGUGCACCGGCUGCUGCGCAAGGGCAACUACGCCGAGCGGGUGGGGGCCGGCGCGCCGGUCUACCUGGCGGCCGUGCUGGAGUACCUGACGGCCGAGAUCCUGGAGCUGGCGGGCAACGCGGCGCGCGACAACAAGAAGACGCGCAUCAUCCCCCGCCACCUGCAGCUGGCCAUCCGCAACGACGAGGAGCUCAACAAGCUGCUGGGGAAAGUCACCAUCGCCCAGGGCGGCGUCCUGCCCAACAUCCAGGCCGUCCUGCUGCCCAAGAAGACCGAGAGCCACAAGAGUGGAGGUUAUUGCGUCAUGGCGCGCACCAAGCAGACGGCGCGCAAGUCGACGGGCGGCAAGGCGCCGCGCAAGCAGCUGGCCACCAAGGCUGCCCGGAAGAGCGCGCCGGCCACGGGGGGCGUGAAGAAGCCGCACCGCUACCGGCCGGGCACGGUGGCGCUGCGCGAGAUCCGGCGCUACCAGAAGUCGACGGAGCUGCUGAUCCGCAAGCUGCCCUUCCAGCGCCUGGUGCGCGAGAUCGCGCAGGACUUCAAGACCGACCUGCGCUUCCAGAGCUCGGCCGUCAUGGCGCUGCAGGAGGCCAGCGAGGCCUACCUGGUGGGGCUCUUCGAGGACACCAACCUGUGCGCCAUCCACGCCAAGCGCGUCACCAUCAUGCCCAAGGACAUCCAGCUGGCCCGACGCAUCCGCGGGGAGAGGGCCUAG